AUGGCUGCCCUCAAUAUCAUGCAGCCUGCAAUGGCCCCUAUCAUGCAGCCUGUGAUGGCUAUUCCCACUGCUGUGCAGCCAAAUAUGCCCCCCCUUGUUGUCAUUAAUGACAGGAAUGUCACCAUACUUGAUUGGGUUCUCGAUGAUCCCUUGAUAUUUCAUGUUGCUAUCCAUUUCAUAUGGUGCAGUGACCUUAGCAUCUCAGAAUUUCUCUCCACCUCAACAUCACACCAACUCCAACAACUCAACUAUGCCAUCACCACUAUUGGAGCAGUUGCCAAGUUAGUGCUGCAGGAGCAGAUUCCUCAUCCACCAGUCAUCCUGCCAUUCACACAACUUGAAGGGAGUGAGACUUCCGACAACAUCAUGCACCAUAUUGCGCAUUCCACCCUUGCACCAUCCAUCCUGGUUCCUACUAGGAAAAACCACGCUGCCAUCCGCCCACCCGUCUUUCAACCUGACCCAUCAAAACCAGUAACACCACUGAAUCCCCUCCCUCAUAACACCUGCUCCAGAAUCGACUCAGAUAACGACGAGAACCCCUUUGUGCCAGCAGACUCAACCCUGUUCAACCGUGACAUUACAGCAGUGCCCGCUCAACAACCCUCAUUUAAUUUCCAUCAACCCCAACCCUUUCUUCUUAGACCCACCAUCUUCACCAAUACUCAAGCUCAAGCCACCAUGCAACCGACCACUAACAUGUCUCAUACACAUCAAGGCAUAGGCACAAUGCCCAGUCCUAACUCCAGCAAAGCUCCGCUCUUCAAUGGCGAGACAUCAGAACUGCUGGAGUUCUUCAAGUUAUUUGAAGAUCUCACUUCUACGUACAGUCUAAAAAGCGCUGACAAAUGUAAAUGUCUAGUGCGAUAUGUCAAUCUUUCAACGAAGCAUUUUUGGAUAACGCUCACCAGUUACGAGAGUCACAAUUAUGCAACCUUCAAGCAAAGCAUCCUCGACCAGUAUUCUGGCGCUAGCAAGGGGCAGCGUUAUACCGUUCGAGAGCUCAAGCACAUCGUUGUCAAUCAAAUUGAUAGCGACAUCAACAUGGAGAAAGAGUUGAUUCAGUACUAUAGUCAAUUUCGUGCCGUUGCUGUCUGGCUUGUCAACAACACCAAGAUCUCAGCCCACGACUGA